CCAAAGAUAAAAACCCCCUCCUCUCUUUUUUGGUUCUCUCUCGCCGAGCCAUCACCACCACCUCCGGCGAAGCAUGUUACUGGUUCCUUAAACCACGGCGCCGGGACGAAAUCAGUGUACUUAUCUCCUUUCACUCUUCUAUCAUUAUGAUUUGAUAAAGCCAACGUCGAAUCUUUAUUCCUUCACAGUAAAGGCGUCCUCAGCCCAGCUCCAUGAGCUUUCUCAGCAGACUAUACAAAAAUCUCGAUUCUUGAGCUCGAAUUAAGCCAAAUUAUGGCAAUUGCUUUUGCUCGUGGGUUUCGAAAAGCUUCAUCCCUACUUAAAUCUUCAUAUCCACUUCUCAUUUCUUCCAGGUUGCUUCAGCAAAGCCAAGAGUUUUCUUAUUCGACAUUGACAUUAUCUUUACCAACAACGAUCUCAAGGCCUACAUUUAGAAAUUUCAGUCAUGGUACGGUGAAUCUAGUGAUAUCAGAAGGGAAACCAAAGUUUGAAACUCGGGAACUUGAUCCUCCCAAGAAGUAUAAGUGGUUGACGAAAAAACGUCUGAAGUUGAAAAGGAAGAAAGAAAGAGAGGAAAGGAACGCAGCUAACAGGAAAGACCCACGGCGACUUACUGUUAAAGGGAAGAAGAAGAAGUUUGCUAGUGCGGAUGAAAAAAUUAAGUACAAGCUUGAAAAGGCCAAGAUCAAAGAAGCAUUGCUGAUUGAGAAACUGAAACGGUAUGAAGUUGCGAAAGUGCAGGGACCUGAGGUUCGACCUCAUGAGAUCACUGGGGAAGAACGUUUCUAUUUGAAGAAAAUGGGUCAGAAGAGAUCUAAUUAUGUACCGAUUGGGAGAAGAGGAGUAUUUGGUGGUGUUAUUCUAAACAUGCAUUUGCAUUGGAAAAAACAUGAAACCGUUAAGGUUAUCUGCAAUAAUAGUAAGCCUGGCCAAGUGCAGCAAUUUGCAGAGGAGCUUGCCAAACUGAGUGGUGGUGUGCCUGUUAACAUAAUCGGCGAUGAUACAAUCAUAUUUUAUAGAGGGAAGGGUUAUGUGCAGCCACAACUUAUGUCUCCAAUCGAUACAUUAUCUAAGAAAAGGGCAUAUGAAAAAUCAAAGUACGAACAAUCUCUUGAAUCGGUGAGACACUUCAUAGCAAUUGCAGAGAAGGAACUUGAACUAUACUACAGGCAUGUUGCUCUUUAUGAUGACCCGAAUAACAGAAACCCUCUUUCGAUACUGGAUGAUUCUCCAUCGGAAUCACGUAAUCAUCAUCAGAAUGAGCUUUAUCUUAGCUGUUCCGACACUGAUGCUAAUUCCGAAGACGAAGACGAAGAUGAAGAGCUCUGUAGAUUAGAUAAUGGUUCUUAUUCUUCUGAUUCUGCAAAGGAAGACUUGUCUGAAACUGAAAACUAGACUCUAAUUAGAUAAAUAGAGACUUUUGGUUAUAGAUCUAGUGAUAAUAAUAAUGCACGUUACAAGUUUUGGCUAAGAUCGUAGAAUAAACUUCUUAUGGCACAAAGGUCUUUAAAUAUUUCCAGUUUAUUUCAUCUGUAUCUUUUGCCAGCGUAACAUGACAUGUGAUGUGAUAGCUCUAUAAAUGUAUGAAUGUGUAU